AUGGCCGAGACUACUGGAAGGAUUCCUCUUUGGAUAAUAGGUACUGUAACUGGUAUUCCUGUGAUCGUAUGGCUCGAGGAUUCUACCACUGUGUUCUCUAUUGCGAUAUUUCUUGAUCUUUCUACUACUACGCCCUGUCUUAUCUUAUUUUGGGACCGCGGAUUUCUUGACUUCUUUCUGGGGACCUUCUCUUUUUCGGGAUCGUCGGGAUGGAUAGCUGGUCAUGGUAACCAAGGCGACACCUCUUCUGAGUGGUUUACUUAUACAGAAGAUUUUUCUUAUACAGAAGAAGAAUCGGCCAGUUCCGGGCGUAGUAGAAGUACCUCGUCGGUCAAUCAACCGGAACAAGCUGGGCCUUCCAAUGCCGUACCCGCCCCCCAACCCGCCGCUGCCCCAGCAGCUCAACAACGGAAUCACCUGGAUCAACCAAAUGGUGAAGGUGGGAAUCCAUUGGAUGCUGAAAGGGAGGCUAGGGCACAAGAAGAGGACGCCCGCAUCUAUGCCGCGAUUGAGGCUAUCACGAACGCCUGCGAGAAUGAGGAGGCGACCAUGGUACGCCGAGCCCACAGGAUCUUGCAUGAGCGUGGGCUCAGGCUCGAAGAUCCGGAGGAUGUCAAGCGUGCUCUCCAGUUGGCUCUCAUGACGACUGGGAGCACGAUAUCGAUGACCGUCUGCGGCAUUUCCGUGUGCUCAGACGCGACUUCGAACAUCGCGCUGUUCUCGAUGGAAUAUUUUCAUUGAUGAGCUCAGGGGCUUGGGAAACCCGCAGGUCAACCCCCGACAUUAUAUCGACUAGAAGUAGAAGACGGCCUCUCUCGGGAAACAUGGCCUAAUUUCUCUUCUUUUUUCGGGGGCCCAGAACGCUAAAAGGUGGGGGAGAAGCAAGCCGAACCUCUGAUCGACCUGGAAACAUCACAAAUUCUCGGCGUCGAGAGAGAUUUGAGAUUCCGUAAUAACUCAGCGAGUGCUUUCUAAGAAAGGGCUUGACUUGGAAGAAGAAAAUGAAAUACGAACAACCGCGCUGGUCGUAAUAGAUCGACUUUCAUGCUAGUUCUUGCUCCAGCAUGAAAGUUCCAUUUCAGGGAAGGACGACGUACCAUGAUACUUUCCGUUUUGUCGAGCCCAGCUUUGGUCUCUGGUUUGAUGUUUGUACGUGCUAAAAAUCCGGUACAUUCCGUUUUGUUUCCCAUCCCAGUCUUUCGCAACACUUCAGGUUUACUUCUUUUGUUAGGUCUCGACUUCUUCGCUAUGAUCUUCCCAGUAGUUCAUAUAGGAGCUAUAGCCGUUUCAUUCCUAUUCGUUGUUAUGAUGUUCCAUAUUCAAAUAGCGGAGAUUCACGAAGAAGUCUUGCGCUAUUUACCAGUGAGUGUAUUAUUGGACUGAUCUUUUGGUGGGAAAUGUUCUUCAUUUUAGAUAAUGAAACCAUUCCAUUACUACCAACCCAAAGAAAUACGACCUCUCUUAGAUAUACGGUUUAUGCCGGAAAGGUACGAAGUUGGACUAAUUUGGAAACAUUGGGCAAUUUACUUUAUACCUACUAUUCCGUCUGGUUUUUGGUUUCUAGUCUGAUUUUAUUAGUAGCCAUGAUUGGGGCUAUAGUACUGACUAUG